GUAUUUUGGAGGGACGGUGCCAAGUAGUGGGUCGUUGGCGCGGGGCGGUGCGGCAGGUCGGGGAGGCGCGGACGGGACGCGGCGGAGGCUGCGCGGCAGUCGCGCGGCGCCCGUCCCCAUGUUCCACUGCAUCGUGCAGCCGCGCACCGACUGGGGCUCGCCCGACCUCGCCAAUGCCUUCCCCGACAUCCGCGCGCAGCUGGCGGAGCAGACGCGCGUGCUGGAGGCGCGCGCUGAGGCGGCGGCGGGCGUGGCGGGCGAGCUGAGCGACUACUGCCGGCGCCGCGCCGAGCUGGAGGCGGAGUACGCGCGCGCGCUCGACAAGCUGGCGCGCGCCGCGCUGCAGCGCCACAAGGACCACCGCGCGCGCCGCGAGCAGUGGCCGCUGGCCGGCGCCGCCGCGUGCUGGCGAGCCGCGCUCGAGCACGCGCGCGCGCUGUCCCGCGACCACGCCGCGCUGGCCGAGCUGUACGCCGGGCCGCUGGCCGCGCGCCUGCAGCGCGCCGCCGACGACGUGCUGCGCCUGCACCGCAAGUGCCGCGACGUGCUGGCCGAGCGCCACGACGAGCUGGGCGCCGCGCUCGCGGACGCGGCGCAGCUGGCCAAGGCGCAGGCCGCCGCCGCCGCCGACUGGCGCCAGGCCGCGCUCAAGCUGCGCAGCGCGCACCAGGCGCGCGCCGCGCUCGCCGCCGCCGAGCCGCCGCGCCCCAAGAAGCUCAAGGCGCUGGACAAGGAGCUGGACAAGCGCCGCGCGCGCCACGCCGACGCCCGCGCGCGGGCGCUGCGUGCGCGCGCCGACUACGUGCUCGGCCUCGAGGCGGCCAACGCCACGCUGCAGCGCUACUACCUGGACGACGUCGCCGACGUCAUGCUGUGCACGGAGGUGGGCUUCGAGGCGGUGGUGGGGCGCGCCGUGCGCAGCGCGGGCGCGGCUGAGGACGCGUGCGCCGACGCGGGCCGCGCCGCCGCCGCCGCGCUGCUGGCCGCGGCCGACGCGCUGGAUGCGCUAGCCGACCGCCAGCGCCUCGUGGCCGCGCACCCCGGCGCCUUCGCACUGCCGCGCCCGCUGCCCUACGCCGGCGAGCCGCCGCCCGAGCAAGACCGCGCCAUGGCCGAGCUGCUGGGUGACGCCGCGCCCGACGACGCCGCGGCCGAGGCGCACCGCACCGACCUGCGCCUGCGCCUGGCGCAGCUGGAGGCAAGCGCGCGCGCGCUGCGCGCUGAGUGCCGCGAGGCCGCCAAGACGCUGGACGCGGCCGAGGCGGAGCUGGUGCGCCAGAUGGAGGGGCCCGACGCCGCCUGGGUGCCGGCCGCCGCGCCGCCGCCCGACGACGAGGCGCCGCGCCGCGACCAGGAGGACUACUACCUGCAGAAGUUCCGUUGCUACGUGUCGUGCGCGGGGCGCCUGGCGCGUCUGGAGAGCAAGGCGCAGGCGGUGCGCGAGCGGCUGCUGGGCGGCGCGGCCGGCGCGCGCUCGCCGCCGUCGCCGCCGCGCCGCGCCGCCGCGCGCGGCCGCGGCCUGUUCGCCGCGCCGCUCGACGAGCGGCUGCCCGCCGUGCUCACGUCGUGCGUGCGCGUCAUCGCCACCUACGGGCUGCAGCAUCAGGGCAUCUUCCGCGUGUCGGGCUCGCAGACGGAGAUGGCGGCGCUGCGCGCGGCCUUCGAGCGCGGCGCGGACCCGCUGGCCGGCGCGCGCGACGCGUCCGACAUCAACUCCGUGUGCGGCCUGCUCAAGCUGUACCUGCGCGAGCUGCGGCCGCCGCUGCUGCCGCCGCAGCUGCAGGAGCGCCUGCUGCGCGUCGCCGCGCUGCCCGACGACCACACGUUCGCGCGGCGCCUGCGCGACACGCUGAGCGCGCUGCCCGUGCCGCAGCUGCUGGUGCUGCGCUACCUGUUCGCGUUCCUGGCGCACCUGGCCGAGCACGCGCAGCACAACAUGAUGGACGCCUGGAACCUCGCCAUCUGCCUCGGGCCCACACUGCUGGCCGCCUGGGGCGAGGGCGGUGCGCAGGUGGCAGCGCAGAACCUCGUCAACGAGCUGGUGAAGCGCACCAUCCAGCACCACCUCGAGGUGUUCCCGCAGGACCUCGCGCCGCACACGCUUUACCGCCGCCCCGACCCGGCGCCCGCGCCCACCGCGCCCGACGCGCCCGACGCGCACGACGCGCCCGACGCGCACGACGCGCCCGACGCGCCGCCCGAGCCCGACGACGCGCGCGAUCUGUCGCUCUACGGCGACGACGACGAGGACGAGGACGAGGACGAUGACGAGCGCGCGGUCAGCGACGUUGACGGCGACGUAGAGCCCGGCAUCGGCGAGCUCGCCGCUGACGCCGCCGCCCACCGCCGCGCCGCCGCAGACACCCGCCUGGACUGCACGCCCGACCUGGUGCUGGACCUGCCCGCGCGCCCCGACGCGCGCCGCCCCGACGCGCGCGCCGCCGACACGUUCGCGCACAACCGCGACACGCUCAAGAAGCGCGUCAACAGGCAAGCGUGCGCGGACAGCGGCUCGGAGGGCGAGGCGGGCGCGGCGGGCGGCGCGGCGGGCGCGGGCGGCAGCCCCGUGCCGGCGCGCAACACGCUGCGCGUGGCCGCCAAGUUCGCGGAGCUCACGCUGACGGGCGGCUCGCUGAAGCCCGCGCUGGCCGCCAAGCCCGCGCUGCUGCGCCGCCCCACGCCGCACCCGCAGCACGCGCCGCGCGCGCCCACUGCGCCCACAGCGCCCGCAGCGCCCAUAGCGCCCACGGCGGUCGACCCUACCGACUGCGACGAGCCUGUCUAGGCGGACGACUAUACCUUACGAGAUUCCGAAACACUCGCCCGCUUGAUAAGCUGCCUUCGCCGUCUUAAGCUAUAAUAAAUACAUAAUCCGCACGAUACGGAAACGAAGAACGCUUCCGCUUCCGGGCGACUCGCGUGACACUCGGCCGGCUGAGUGUACCUACGCGAACACAACUGGAUGGCGAAGGACACCGAUCGAUGGUGCAGUGCCUUGUAUCUGGUACUAAUCAUGAAAAUGUUCACUUUUAAGAAUCUCAAUUUUUAUUGAUAUGACUUCCUUCGUCCUCAUUGUCGACGGCAUGCGACUCGCACGUCGUCCGUUAUACGUUAAUAGUUUCGACUCGAUCGGAUGAACGACGCGCGAACAUAUAGCUAGGUAACGAAUAGACCGACAGACGAACUCUAAAUUUUAUAUUAGGUAAGAAAAUAAAUGUAAUAUUUUAGUAACGACAUGGUGUGCCAUUCGUGAGGCUAUCGUGUGCUAGCGUGAGACGCGCGUGCCGCGUGCGACGCGCGUGCUGCGUGUGCCGCGCGUGCCGCGUGUGGCGGCGCCCGUGCCACUACCGAGCACACACGCCCACCACACAAUCGAUGUCGUGUCGGAGGUGCUGAUCUCUCGUAUUUUGACAAUGAUAUUGAAGAAAUUUUAAUAUUUGCUUUAUAUUGAAGCUGAAUUGUAAUUCUCGUUGUAAUAUUUUAUUUUUAAACAUUUUUAAUGAUAUUCAAGAAGUAUACGAUCGUAUGAUAAUAAUAAUAAUUGGUAGAAAAGUGCGCGCUCGCUCUGUGCCGACAUCAUCCAUGGGUACCUCCUCUGUAAAGUGUAAACUAUUAAUAUUCUGAAUCCGAGAGUGUUUAUUUACUCCUUUACGUUUUUAACUUCUCCAGUAAUUCCUAUUUGGAUUCCUACAGGGUCUUAAAGACGUGAGUGGACGCGGACGAAGGUCGUCCACUGCGACGCUCGCGCCUCUGCGCGGAGCUGCCGUUAGUGCCGUUUGGUUGCGCUCUCCGGAGCAUUCGCCGCUGGGAGAGCCCCGAGUUAACGUUAACUCGUGAAGUCACACUGGAGCGUGGAAAGGUUCCGCGCUGGAGGUGUGGGCAGUGUCGCUCGGCCUUGUGAUAGGCGUAUAGCCGCGUCGGGUGCUAGUGUGGUGAUAUCACACGUGUACGAUGCGAUGUAAGGCGGGGUAGUGUGCGCGCGUGACGUCCUCCGCCGCCGACGGACGGCUCACUAUACAUAUUAUGUUAAUCGUAUUUGUCUACAAUAUCAUGUAAUAUAAGUAUUUUUAAAUAUCGGAAAUGUUUUAAGUGAAUAAUAUUACGUGAUAAAUCGGCAGUGAGCCGCGUCGGGGGGCGCAGUACAGCAGGGCGAUUCAGAACACUCGAUUCGGCAAGUUAUCGUUCGAUAACAUGCAUUACUCAAUGAAAAUUUCUUCGAACGAUAACUUACCGAAUCGAGUGUUCUGAAUCGCCUGGCAGAUUUUAUAAUAUGAUAAUAAUAGCGCAUAAUAAAUUAGAAGAUAGGACGCGGCGCGCCCCGUGCCGUGUCGUGCUGCGGCGCAGCACGCCCCGCGCCGUGCUGUGCGGCAGCGCGGCACGCCAGCGCGUCGGGCGACGCCGCGGGGCACAAUGCUAUUUUUGUAUGCCGCACUGUACUCGCGUCUACAAUAAACAGUA